AUGUCUCGAAAUCAACAAGAAGACGAAGUUGAAGAAGAGGUCAACCCGGACGAUGAGAUGACGGAAGAUGAGGCUAGGCGAGGAGACAAUUCCAAAGAAGAGGGAGCUGGAGAAGGAAACGCUGAUCAAGAGGAGGCGGAAGAAGUGGAGGAAGGUGAAGCAGGCGAAAUAGACUCCGACGAUGAUAUGGACGAAAGCGAAGAAUUCGACGAAAACUUAAUACCUGAAGAGGGAAGCAAGAACAGAGAUUUAACUCUCGACGACGUUGAUAAGUACAUCAAGGCCUACAACCUGGAAGGCAUUUGGGGGGACAGCAAGAACUGGGCUUUCUACUCAGGUCAAGGCGGCAGCGACAAAAUCCGUGCAUUUCAAGAGGCGAAUGUAGACAUGGAAGGUGGUAAGCCCGUUAGCUUUCAUGAUCUCUUCAGCAAGUCCUUCAAGAACCACGUUCUGGAUGAAGUCGACGAUGAUAAUCUUUGGAAAGCGGAUGCCAUGUUGUCGUACUACUUCGGCUUAAUGGCGCAAGGGACGAUCCAUGUUUUGCUCCCGAAAAAUGCGCAUCCCUUGAAACCUUAUCCGGCUCCCAAGCUUGCUUAUUGGUAUCUAUAUGAGCUGCCUGGUAUACUCAGGAAAGGGGGACGGGUGAGGAGGAUCGUGAGAUAUGAUGCGAAGAAGCCGGAUGAGGACGAAGGAAAACUGGUUUGGGAGAGGGGAGUGGAUCAUGAGGGUCCAAAAGAGCCACCGCGUUUUGAGGUUAAGCCAUAG